UACCACCUGUCCCUGUAGUCGACCUUCCCUACACUCCCUUCCGUGAUGUGGGACAGCCCAAGAGGUGGUGUGUCUGCCAACGUAGUAUGUACACUGACACUGGGGGGCCCACCACUGGGAGUACCCCAGUAACUAGAUUUUCCUCCAGGCUGCUUCCACUGUGGUGUAUAAAUCUGGCUGUGCAGGAUUUCUCCGAGGAACGUCUGUGGCUCUGUUUCCACACAGGCCACAGGAUAUAUCUUCAGUUGAGUCCUGGCCCUGGUUCUGAGGGCCUCUUCCUCUGCUGGGCCCUGCUGGCGCACAUGCUCCACAUGCCCAGGGCGCUUAGUCUCCUCAACACACGCUCAGAGGGGGCCAUGCCUAUAGAGGAGGCCUCCUCUACGUCAGAAGUAGAAGAGGAGGACAUGACAACUGGCAUUGUCCUGCCCAUGGACAAAGCAUCACCAUCUGCAGAAAUUGACAAGACCUCCUCUGCUGCCAGCACUCCAGAGGUCAUUCCAGAGCAAACUUGUGCAGAGCACCUAAGCAGCAACCAGGACGGUGACCAGCGCCAUAGAACAGACAAAGUUGGUCAGCCACUGGAAGGGUGAUAGGUGAGUGGGUAGGGCCAUUCAGCCAGGAGAGAGG